CCCCAUCGCUUCUCCGAAGUGGUGAGCCCUGGAGAUCCGGAGCCGAGGGUCUGGGUCCGCGGGAGGCUCUGCUGGGGUGGCCGCCGGACUUGGAUCAGAGAAGCACUUAGGAGACGCGGUGCAGUCGAACAGAGUCACCAUGGGGUCCACAGCCCCGGGGCCCAUUCACCUGCUGGAGCUGUGUGACCAGAAGCUCAUGGAGUUUAUCUGCAACGUGGACAAUAAGGACUUGGUGUGGCUCGAAGAGAUUGAGGAGGAGGCCCAGCGCAUGUUCACCAGUGAAUUCAGCAAGGAGCCCGAGCUGAUGCCCAAAACACCUUCUCAGAAGAACCGACGGAAGAAGAGACGGGUUUCUUACAUUCAGGAUGAAAACAGAGACCCCAUCCGGAAAAGCAGGUUGUCCCGCAGAAGGACCCGGAGCAGCCAGCUGAGCUCCCGGCACCUCCGCAGCAAGGACAAGGUGGAGAAGCUGGCCACGGUGGUCGGGGAGAACGGCUCCGUCCUGCGGCGGGUGACCCGUGCUGCGGCCGCGGCGGCAGCAGCCACCGCAGCAUUGGCUGCUCCUUCGCCCACCCCCGAGUCUCCCACAGUGCUGGCCAAAGAGCCUGAAAAUAGCCUGGCCCAGGGCCCGCUGGUGCCUGUGGUGGAGAUCGGCGUCAGCGAGCGCCAGAGUGCCGAGCUGCACCUGGGCCGGCUCAAGUCCGCCCGGGCUCCUUCCCCGACUCCGUCCCUUGUAGCCACGGCUCCCGCCUCCCACAGCAGCUUGAUAUCCGAUGAGGAAUCAACACCCCAGAAGCCGGAGACUGGGAGACUGGCGUCUGUCACCGUGAGCUCCCUGAUGGCUACACCCCAGGACCCCAAGGGCCGAGGGGGCGGAGCCAGCAGGUCCGCCUCCAAGCUCAGGAUUGCGCAGGCCUCCCCGGGCCCGCAGGAUUUGGCGGGCUCUCCGGCCUCGCCGUGGCAGGAGCGGGUGCUGGCUCCCAUCCUGCCCGAUAACUGCUCCACGCCCACGGGCGCCCACCUAGACCCGCAAUCCGUGCGGCGCAGCCUGAUUGCCCCGUCCUCCCCGGGCCGCCAGGUCUCGCUGGCCCAGAAGUACUCCCUGGUGGCCAAACAGGAGAAGCCAGUCCGCAGGUCAAGCAGAAGGAUUGGCAAGAAAGCCACUGAAGAGCCAGCUGCCUCCGCCCGUAUCAUCUGUGAGUCUGGGGGCCCAACAGGAGGUCACAGUUACCUGGAGAGGCUCCUGAAUAUUGAGGUGCCCCAGAAAGUUGGCCCUGAGCAGAAGCAGCCCAGCGAGGAGGCCGAGCCUGCACAGGCGGCCGAGCCUGCACAGGCGGCUGAGCCAGAGGGCCCCAAGCAAGACAGGAGUACCCUGUGGCCCCGCAGUGCCACCAAGAUCGCCAUUAGCACACCUGGCUCGCAGCCUGUGGCUGGUGGCCAGGAGACGCCCUCCAAAGGGCGGCAAGAGCCCAAGACUGACCAAGCAGAUGGCCCCAAGGAGCCACCCCAGAGCGUCAGGAGGAAGCGCAGCUACAAGCAGGCCGUGAGUGAGCUGGACGAGGAGCCGCAGCUGGAGGACGAGGAGCUGCAGCCCCCCAGGAGCAAGACCCCUUCCCCACCCUGCCCGGCCAGCAAGGUGGUGCGGCCCCUCCGGACCUUCCUGCACACCGUGCAGAGGAACCAGAUGCUCAUGACUCCGACCUCGGCCCCCCGCAGCAGUGUCAUGAAAUCCUUCAUUAAGCGCAACACUCCCCUGCGCGUGGACCCUAAGUGCAGCUUCGUUCUCCUGCCACCCAGUAACCUUUAUUGCCAGAACAGCUCCCAGGACCCCACGGCGCUGGGAGGGGGCGCUAAGUCUUUAUUGGGAAGGACGCCCGCCCGUCUUCCCUCACUGCCGACGGUAGACGCACUCAGUGUCAGGGAGAAGGAGCGGCAGCGCCUGGAGAACCUGCGGAGGAAGGAGGAGGCGGAGCAGCUCCGCAGGCAGAAGGUGGAGGAGGACAAGCGGCGGCGGCUGGAGGAGGUGAAGCUGAAGCGGGAGGAGCGCCUCCGCAAGGUGCUGCAGGCCCGGGAGCGGGUGGAGCAGAUGAAGGAGGAGAAGAAGAAGCAGAUCGAGCAGAAGUUUGCUCAGAUCGACGAGAAGACCGAGAAGGUUAAGGAGGAGCGGCUGGCGGAAGAGAAAGCCAAGAAGAAGGCAGCAGCCAAGAAGAUGGAGGAGGCGGAGGCGCGCCGCAAGCAGGAGGAGGAGGCGCGGAGGCUCAGGCGGCUACAACAGGAUGAGGAAGAGCGGCGGCACCAGGAGCUGCUGCAGAAGAAGAGGGAGGAAGAGCAGGAGCGGCUGCGCAGGGCGGCCGAGGCCAAGAGGCUGGCGGAGCAGCGGGAGCACGAGCGGCAGCUGGCGGAGCAGCAGGAGCACGAACGCAGGAGGGAGCAGGAGCGGCUCCAGGCCGAGAGGGAGCUGCAGGAGAAGGAGAAGGCCCUGCGGCUGGAGAGGGAGCUGGAGGAGAAGAAGAAAAAGGAAGAGCAACAACGCCUGGCCGAGGAGCGGCUGCUGGAGGAGCAGCAGAGGAAAGCCAGGGAGGCCGCGGCGGCCAGCAAAGGCCUGAAUGUGACCGUGGACGUGCAGUCUCCAGCUUGUACCUCCUAUCAGAUGACUCCCCAGGGGCACAGGCCGCCCCCCAAGAUCAACCCGGAUAACUACGGGAUGGAUCUGAAUAGCGAUGAUUCCACCGAUGACGAGGCCCAUCCCCGGAAGCCCAUCCCCACCUGGGCCAGAGGCACUCAGCUAAGCCAGGCCAUCAUCCACCAGUACCACCACCCCCCAAACCUGCUUGAGCUCUUUGGAACCAUCCUCCCGCUGGACUUGGAGGACAUCUUCAAGAAGAGUAAGCCUCGCUACCACAAGCGCACCAGCUCUGCCGUCUGGAACUCGCCGCCCCUGCUGGGCCCCAGGGUCCCCAGCAGCCUGGCCUAUGGCCUGAAGAAGUACUGAGGCCCCCAGGUGUUCCCAGCAGUCUCCACGCCUGCGUGUGUCUGUGUGUCCGCCUCUCUGUUGGUCUGGUGGCAUCCUGCCUGGUGUUCCGUCUCCAGGGGUUUGGCUGUGUGUAUAUAAAUGUCCUCUGUGCGCCGGGGGUUGCAAGUCGCGCAGGCCUGUUUGGAAGCUGCACUCGGCGGGUGUUUGGGGGAGAACCUGCCCAGCCCCACCUGGCCUGCAGACAGCGCUCUGUAAAUAGACUGUUAGAAUUCAGCUGAAUUUUAGCCUCUAGUGUUUGAGAGCUAGAUUAAUAAAGUCUGUUCCUUUAAGCCUGCUGUGGGUAUUGUAGAGAUGGGGGCCUUGGCAGAAUGCCCCUGGCUCCCGGCCCCGCAGCCGUGUGUCUCAGGCCACCGCUGGGCCGGGGACCAAGGUGCUGUUCCUCUUCCUGGAGUAUGCUUCCGGCUGACGCAACGGGUGAUUGUGAUGCCGUCUUUGGGCCACGCUGAGAAACACUUGAGUUACUCGCGUGAUGGGGCAAGCGAAGAUACUUCUGACUUUCGGGGGAGCUCCCUGUUUGUAAAAGGGAGCUUGCCCAGUGGGAAAGAUGUGGGGUCGAGGUCAGGAGGACUGGGCUCUUGACACAGCUCUGCCACCUAAGACAGUCCCUCGGCCCUGCAGGCUCCACGCUUGCCGCAUGGACGGUCAAAGGACCUGAGAACGCGUGCACGCUGCUGAAGCAGGAGCUCUGAUUACAAAGAUGUCUCCUGAAACCACCUUGGGACCAGCGCUUGCAAGCAGUUGGAAUGUUUCUCCGACAAAACCAUGUAGCUGCUAAUUAAAUGCUUAGUGUCCGUGGAAGCUGGCCCAGGGCCCGUCCCAUGGCUGCCUGCUGUGCUCUCAGUGUGCGGUGGCUAGUUGCUUAUCAUCCGCUCCAGCCCCCAGAACGAAAGUUGGUGAACCGUGGCCUCAGGGGCCAAAUCAAACCUCAGUGUGUUUUUAUAAAGUUUUAUUGGAACCUUCCCAAUUGCAGCAAAUGCCUCGUCUCUGGGUGCUCUUCCGAGGGCAGAGUAAGUAGUUGCAAGCAAAGCCUGACGGCGCACAUAGCUGAAAAGCUUUACUAGGACCCCCUACAGAAAGUCUGCUGACCCCAGCUUUAGGACAAAAUAAAGGCUAAGUUCAACAGUGUCUGAAAAUGAGGAACUGGUGAACACAGACAAUAGACUGAAGUUCAGAGGAGUCUACCCAUAAAAAAAAAAAAAAAAAACAAAAAAAAACCAUCUGGAGUUCUGGGUGCCUCUGCCGGUUAAGUCUGACAUUCGCUCAGGUCGUGAUCUCACGGUUUGGGAGUUCGAGCCCCACAUGGGGCUUUUCGCUGAUUAGGAUUCUCUGUCAUUCCCUCUCUCUCUGCCCCUCCCGCACAAUCUCAAAAUAAAAACGAAACCUUUGACAGUUCAUUCAAAUAUGGUGCACGAUCCCAAUUUGUUCUGUAUGCCCUGGAAGCUGUUGUGGUGCGUUCAUUGGUGAGUGUGUCUCCACCUAAAACCACAUUGUCAAGAUAUUACUUUUUCUGAGCAUUUUUGUGUUUGAGAGAAAGUUGUUCAGCCAAAAGGUAGUUAUAGUUGCCGCGCACCUUCACCAGCACUUGGUAUUGGCAGUAUUUUCUUAUUUUAGCCCUUCUGAUAUGUAGUGAAAUCUCAUCAUGGUUUUAAAGGGUUUUGGUUUUUGGUUUUUGGUUUUUGAGAGAGAGACAGUGAGAGAUGGGCAGAGGGAGAGGGAGAGAGAGAAUCCCAAGCAUGUCUCACACUCCAUGCUGAGCCUGACAGGGGAGGGGGGGCAGGAGGCUUGAGCCCACCUGAGCCAAACAUCAAGAGUCGCUCGCUCAAUGGACUGAGCCACCCCAGGCGCCCCUCAUCAUUGUUUUAAUUCACAUUCUGCUAAUGGCUGAUGAUGGUGAACAUUUUUCCACGUGCUUAUUUGCCAUCUGCAUAUCUCGGUUGAAGUGUCUGUUCAAGACUUUUGUUCAUUUGUCAGUUGUGUUGUUUUCUUACCGUUGAGUUUAUCAUCUUUAUGUAUUACGGGUACAAAUCUGCUGUCAAUAUGUGCUUGGCAGUAUGUUUUUUCUUGGUCCGCAGCUUUCCUUUUCAUUCACUUAAUGGUGUUUUUCAUAGAGCAAAAAAUUUAGUUUUGGUGGAGUCCCAAUUUAUCAUUCUUUUUUUUUUUAUGGAUUGUACUCUUUGGUGUCACAUCUAAGAAACCUUUGUCUAGCCCUGGUUCUCAAAGCUUUUCUCUUAUAUUUUCUGCGAAAUGUUUUAGAGUCUUAUAAAUACUACUUUUACAUUUA